CAGCGCUUCAAUAUGGCUGCCAAGUCUAUCGAAUUCCUCGAUUUUUGACAAGUUUUCGUGAUUUGUGCUGUGAUUGCUCGUUUUUGAUAGACCGACGCUCGUUAAAGCAGUGUGCAUUCAUUAGAGUCAAUUAACGUGCUGUGAAAGAUGGCAAGUGGGGGCCGAGCUGCCAUGUCGGAACCGAGGAAGAGAGGCAAGGGGGCCUACAAAGUUAGACAGAGCAACUUGGCAGACAAUGUCAGUGAAGACAGGACCAGUGUCAGGAGUGCACCAAGUCUUCAGGAGGACAGGCCAAACAACUGGGAUUUCUCUGACUGGAGACCGAGCAGUAUGUUCGACAGCAGCAAACGAAUCAAAAAAGAAAAUCCCGAAAAAGAACGGGACAAGGAAAAAGAAAAGGGCCAGUCGUUGUUGCACGAGUCACCCGACCGUUCAGACCACCGCCAUCAUCGACACAGGACCCCGUCGACAUUCCCGCGGACAAAGAUGACGGCUAAUACUCCCGCGUCGCAGAGAGUGGCACUGGAAAAACUGAAAACACAGCUGAACUUCAGUGAUCAAGAUGAGGUGAGUAACGAGGGUGAGCGGAACAAUGAACGCCACAUGCCCAGCCGUCGAGACCGUCCUGCAAACUACACACACCAGGACACGUCCGGACCCCGACGUGAUAAUCGGCCGAUGGAUGAGCAGAGACGUGACAAUAGGAAUGUAAAUCUAGGAGAGGGAGAGCCUGAUAGCAACCACAUCGUCGGACGGUUGAUGCAAAUCCGCGGUUACAUCAAGCAGGCCUCGAAUAUGAAGCAGUCGUUACUGUCGGCAUCCGGUGAUUCUCGUGCAAAAAAGGAGCAGCUUAAGAAACUAAAUGGUUUGUUAGAGCACCUGAAAGAGCAGGAGGGUGGAUACGUGAGCUUGUUGGAGCAAAUGCUGUCGAGUCAGAUGGAAAUGGACGAUGCAGCAGCUGCCAUGGAGACGAGAGAAGAAGACGACUCGGAAUCGGUCGAUAUCGGCGUGGACGCCCAGUCAGAGGUCUCAGAAGCUACAACGAACUUGACGUUCAAUGCCAAUUCCCGGCCGCGGAUUGAGGGGAGCCUUGGAGACUAUUCUGAUGAAGAACCGCCCAUGAGCAUUAUCUCCGAUUUUGAGAGUACUGGCUUAGAUCAAGAGGGUUCCAAUGCUCCUCUUGGUUUGGUCGAGAGGAAGAAACUCGAAAUCGAAGCCAUGGAGGCCCAGCAGACGUCACACUGGGACAUCCUGACGUCAGAGGCACGGGCGGCAAUCGAUGAAAAGAACAGCGAAUUAGAAGCGUUACGCCAGCAGCGUGACCUGUUGAGGAAUAUGUUGGGCCAGCAGAGACAGUUACGCGACCUCCAAGGGAGACAGGUUGAGUUGUUGCAGGCGCAGCGGAAUGCCGAGGUCGAUGUUGAGGCGUUGGAUGACGAAUCGACCGGCGGCGACGACCCGAUCGAUGUGGCUGCUGCGGCGAAUGCCCCGAUUUCUGAUCAGGAGGAGUCGGAUGAGAGCAAUAAUAAUCUGGAAGUCGUGCCAAGGGAAUUGAAGGAACUCAGGCAGAAGCUGGACUAUCUGAAAAAUAUCUAUCAGAAUUAUCCAAAGAGGGACCAGGAGGAGAAAGAAGCAGAAAAAGAGGGAGCCACUGCCGCGGCCGACUCGCACGCCAUCAUGGUCGAACAGGCCGACCGAAAGAAACAGAUGCUUCAGAACAAACUGAACGACCUUCAAGAGAAGAAGGACAGCAUGGACACUCUCCUCUCGGAGCUGCACAACAUUCGACAGCAGAGGUGUAUGCAGAUUAAUAAUGAUCUCGAUUCCAACAAGGACAGUGGCAGCGUGACAUCGUCGAUGAUGAGGAUGGAACAGUCUGCUGCAGCUGCUGAUCUCGCCGAUGGGACCAUAGGUGAUGCGAAUGAUGUUCUGGAGAUGUUGGACGCGAGAUCAAAACUCAAGAAACUUGAGGAAGUACGAGGACGUCUCGGCCACCUCAAAGAUUUAGUUCAGUAUUACGAGUCUGGGACUCAGUUCAUCCACGAACAAGAUGGAGAGGACCAGUCCUCGCUGCCGGCGUUCAGCGACUACGAGGACCCUGAACUCAUGCGCAACCUGAAGGCGUUCAAAGAGGACCAGGCCUUGGCCCGUAUGUUGUACGCGCAGAAGGUCGAGGAGGAGGGCGCCACGGAGGAUGACGAAGAGGAUGACGGGCAGGAGUCGGAGCAGACGACAGAGGAGACGGAAACGGAAACCGAGUCGCAGAUGAGUCUCGGGCCGUGGGGGGAGGAUCCAGAAAUACAGGCGAAAGUCAAGAAAUUGAAAGAUGCCAAAGGCCGACUAAGGCGUCUCCAGCAGCUCGUAAACGCCGUUCAAACCUCGCCGCAGACCGUGCGUCCAGAAGAUAUCGCGGAGUUAGUCGCGAGCGUCGAUGGGGACACAUCGCUGUCCGAGGACAAGCAAGACACCAGCUACAUGGCGAGCGAGGGAGAGGUGACGGAACAGAUGCGGAAGAGCGUGUACAACGCCAGGGUCGACGAGCAGAAGAGCGAACUGAAUAAUCUCCUCUAUGAGCGACAGAGACUCCUGGGAAUACAAAACCAAUUACAGAAGCUGUAUGAGCAGUUCCCAGACGUCGAAGGGAUGGAAGAGGUCCUUCCGCAGAGCAAGCCGGUGCAGAACGGUAACGCCAGCGGUAGUAACGGUAGCGGUAACGGCGGCCGCGUGAAGCAGCCGGUAACGUUCCAGGAACCGCCGGAGGUCUUCACCAACGACGAUCUGUACGACAAGAUGAGGAGGCAGCGUAUCUUGCGUGAGGAAUUACGCCAAAAGAAACGAGAACUCGAGGCGAUCAUGAAGAAGGGUCGCAUCAAGAAGGUUUACAAUAAGAACCAGGAUAAUCAGAGUGAUAAUAUUUCAUACUCGAACAGAUCAGAUCCGUUUGGAACGAUGAGUGCCGAUUUUACGACUGCAGCCACGUGGGGUGGAUCGACGACCGAGAAUCUGGAAGAGGUUGAGGAAAGAAACAAGAAGAAACGCAACAAUGACGACGAUGAUACGGAUAGCUCGACGACGUCUGAGGAAGAUGAUGCAUACCCGAGUGACGGCAUCAUCCAGGUGGAGGAGGAAGAGGAGGAGGAUGACAACUCGGAGCACGAGACGUAUAUCAUCAAUGAGGAUGAACUCGGUACGCAAGGCCCGUGCGUCCGACCCCCGGUCAUUGAGAGCUUGGGAGCCAGAGCUAAGGGAAAGAAGGGAAAGCCUGACAACUUGGAUGGGCGCGUCAAGCCGAGGUUUAAUGCCUGGGGUUCAGGCACUUCACUGCCAAAGGGAGCCAAACCGGCCCCUGGUGUGAAGUCUUGGUCCAGGCCUGUUGGAAAGGUUGGCAAGCAGGAACGAAAGCUCCGGCAGGAGAAUUAUCGCUCUCCAGAAGAUAUCGUACGCGAGGAAGGAAAUAUUGAAUUAUUAAGUGGUCUGCAGAGACAGCUUGAGACGACCACAGCGUUGUGUCAUUCUUUGCUCCGCGAUCAGCAAGCCCUGAAUCAAGUGGUCCAAAGUGGUGGACUCAAUACCCCCGGUGUGUUGACUGCAGGCAGUCCAUACCGCGCUCCGUAUUAUGACCCCGUGUCGCAGUUGAACCAGCAGCAACUCCAGUUCUCCCUGCAGCAGUGCCAACAGCAGAUGUACCAGCAACACAUCGAGAUGAUGCAGCUCCAACAGCAAAUGGCCGCGCUUCUCCAACCAGCUGACUCUACCCGUAGCAAUCGUGAACAAAAUGAUGAAGAUUUCCGUAAUCCGUAUGCAAGCCAUUCGUUACGAAAUCCAUUCCGUAUGCCCAGCCCAUCCUACCCAUCACCUACUUCUCAAACCCAGAUGUUUGCACAGCAUACCCCUGGUUUUAGUUUGAGUCCAGUUUUCCCGACUGGGUUCGGUUUGGGGGCAGAAGGUGCCCGCAAUACCAGCUCCAGUCAGGAAGGCGGGCGGGAAAUCUGGGUCAACACGUCAGGGAACAAGAAGGCACUGAGCAAAGGGACUGACACAGGUGACAAGUUUAAAAGAUACCCGGUGAAACCAACCAUACCAGACGAAGAUGUCCCCAAGUUGAACUUGGAGGAAAUACUCAAUUCAAAAAAGAAGCCCAAGAAACCUGCUAGAGUUGAAAAUAAGAUUAAGAAAACCGAAGAAAAAGACUCGGCUGUGAUAGGCAGAAAAUUUCCCUCCGGACCCUCGAGUGGCCGAGCAGCAGCCAUGGCCAAGUUGUCCAGUAAAAAACGCACCCCCACCACUGCUAACGCUGCGACAGGCACACCUGCUGAUUUAUAUCGUCCAGGCCUGAGCUCGCAGAUCUGCGGCACAGCGUUCCAUGAUAAUGCCAGCCAGUCGAGUGUCGUGUCGAGUGUCCCUGGAGGGGAAAGGAUGUCGCUGGCAAAGCUCUUGGAGAAGAAGUCCAAGGGAAGAGUAUUUGGAGACCUUGAUUCCGAUGUCCCCAGUAACCUCUCCCUCUUCGAGGCUCUCCGAGAGACCAUUUACUCUGAAGUCGCCACACUGAUUUCCCAGAACGAAAAUCGUCCACACUUCCUCAUCGAGAUAUUCCGUGAAUUGCAAAUGUUGAGUUCAGAUUAUCUCCGCCAGAGGGCGCUGUACUCGAUUCAGGACCUGGUGACGAGGUUUCUUACUGACGACAGCAUGGAUGCAGAUUCUGUGCAGGCCCCCCGUCCUAUUUGGCUCAAUACAACCGGUUACACCGGCUCUGAACAGACACCUAGUGAAAGCCUAAUGACGUCUGAGGACGACCAGGACAAUAUGGCUCAAGGUUUUUUGAAAAUGAACGGAAUCAAUGUUUCCCGUGAGCGGAAAGCUGAUCUAUCACAACAGUCCGAUUCCCUCCAAGAAGACCAAUAUGAUUACAUAGAAAAUGUCAACAGUGUCAGUUCGUUGUCGACCCCCACGUCCACCACUGGUUGGGAAAAUCCGUUCGCACAAGAUUCCCUUGGCGACACUGUCAUACAUUUAGAUAAAGCUAUGCAGCGUAUGCGCGAAUACGAGCGCAAGUUGGCCCUGGCCGGUGGGAAGGACCCAGACGGAGCGAGCCCCCAGGCCACAAAGACAAAGUCCACCCAGAAAGAUGCUGCUGAGGCCAUGAGCAGCUCGGCCCAAGAUCAAGGCAGUGAGAGCUCUGCUUCCGAGGUCCAUUACCCUCGCAUCGACACCCAUCAGCUCGACCAGCAGAUCAAGGCCAUCAUGACCGAGGUCAUCCCCAUCCUCAAGGAGCACAUGAACACCGUCUGCUCGCCUCAGCUCCUCGGCUACAUCAGGCAGAUCGUCCUUGACCUCACCAAACAGGGCGACGAGGGACAGGAGUUUGUGCGCUUCUUCCACAAGCAGUUGGGCACGUUGAUCCAGGACUCGCUUGCAAAGUUUGAGGGAAGAAAACUCAACGAGUGUGGUGAAGACCUUCUCGUCGACAUGUCAGAGGUUCUUUUCAACGAGCUGGCAUUCUUCCGUCUGAUGCAAGAUCUUGAUGACCCAGCCUUGUCCACGCAGAGAAUGCUGGCCAAGUGGAGACAGGACUCGGUAACUUCUGGCACUGAGGUCAGCACCUUGGAUGGCCGAGAAGAUGGUGAGAUAGACGAUGGUUCGGAGGUCCGUCUGGAAUACGAGACGACGGAGAAAUCAGACUCUGGCGAUGAUGGUGAUGAAAGCGAUGAUGAAGCUGAGAACAUUGAAGAGGCCACGCGAGCUUCCAAUCGGGAGGAAGAGGAACUUGGAAAGAUGCGUGAUGACGAGUUUGCAGGUGUAGUUGAGGUGGUGAACGAGAGAGAUGAAGACAGUGACCGCAACUCCUCCAUGAUGAAGGUGGAACUGGCCAUGAGUGAAACAAAACCGUUUACCCGAAUUGGUAGCGACGAGGAUGAUGAAAACAUGACCGACGAAUCUCUCGGUAGUAUCGCUGACCCGUCCGAGACGGCCGUGUCUCGCGAGUUGGAGGCAGAGGAGGAGCCAGAGCAGCAGGUAGAUGGCGCCACGGAGAAGAAGGCAGACGACAAUAAGGACGAUGAGAAGGAUGUGGAUGAACAGGAGGCGCAGGAGAAUGUGCACGUCAACGGCGAGGUUGUUGAUGAUGAUGAUGUAGAAGAGAUAGGUAUUGAUGAUCUUCCAAGUAAACUAACUGUUAACCAGGAGAUGAUUGAGAAGAAGAUGGAGGAGGAAGAUGAGGAUAAUUCAGCACGUGCCGCAGCCCUCACCAUCACGGACACCGAGCUGGCUGGGGACCCCCUCCAUCUCAAAGAACCAGAACCGUUGGCAAACUCGGCUGACGCCUAGAUAGAUAUAACUGACUGUGGUGUGAACACUUCACUACUGUACCCCUAAUGAACUUCAUUGCAGUGGACUGAUAUGUCAGUGGGGUGUGUCACUACGCAUGCUGUGGGUGACUGAAAUACCCUUCUAAUGACGCAGUGCCUAGCAUUAAAGCAUUGCUGCGAAUGAUGCCGGGGAACAAAUAACAUCGUUGAAAAGUGGUUGGCGUUGUCGUACUCUGAAAGUGAUAAUCUCCACCACUGACAUCUCUAGUGGUAUAUAAAACAACUAUAAAAGUCCUUCUCUUUUACAUUAUGAGAAGCUUACAUUUCUUAAGGGGUUUAAGGAUUCUGGUACUGGCUGAGUUUCAAUUUGGAGUACAUUUGCAGUUCUACAAAAUAUUUUCCAUCCAAAAUUUAGUAAUCAGUUGGUGUCAGAUAAAUUUCUUUGACAUUUCUAAAUGGGUUUUAGGGUCAAAUGUACUUUCGCAGAGUCGCAAAAUUGUUUUCAUCAAAAGCUUUCUGUCAGUGUUUGACAUUUCUCAAUCAGUUUAUGGUUAAUGGUGGAGUUUACAAAAUAGCUGUUGAAAAUGACCAAUUUGAAAAUUCAUCCUGCUAUAUCAAAUCAUACAGCUGAUAUUCAGUUUCUACUUCUUGCAGAUUUUGCAAGAGUUUCCUCUCUGAACUGGUUGAAUUUAGAUGAGGCAGUUAGAAAAAACGUUGUGAAUACCAGAUAUUUGUGUGUAAAAAAUAAUGUCGCUCUAUUCAUUCCAAGUUUGUUUGUAGAUAGUUCAUUUGUUCACCUUCACUGUUUGUUGUCAAUAUCUCUUUUAGGGAUUUGAAUUUGUGUUGGGUUCUUUGCCCUGCUUUUCUCCUCUUAACAAGCUGAGUGCUAGUCCGAUAUGUGAAUUCCAGCCCCAGGUGCCAAUGUUAGAUUUUAAGUCCAGUCGAUGCAUUGUGGUACCGGUACUACGAAUAUACUCGGUAGUCGGUCACCGGAAGGAAUUUACAAAUACGAGUAUACUCGUCGCUGGCACUCAACGCGUUUGGAAAUAAGAUGCUUUGGACUAGGAGUGGUUAUCGCGUUUUAAAAGGAUAUUUCAAUAAAUGAACCAUUUGUACUGUGAAAUGUACAUCCAUCCCACCUAAGUACGGUUCAUUGCAGAAGUGAUUUCUUUGUAAAAGUUGAAGUUCUGGGCUUAUAGUCUGAAAUCGACUACAAUUGUAGGUUAUCAUCCGACUUCAGUUUUUCUCUGACAUGUAUGUAUGCUUAAUGUGCUAAACCUCUCACUAACUUUUGUACAAUGGCUUAAAACAAGUACUCGGGCUUUAUGACAAAAUCUGUAUGUAGUGAGCUGAUUGCCUCGUAGAAAUUACCAGUCUACUCUGUAAAUACCUUUAUUUUUGCAGCUUCACGGAAACAUCCUUUCCAUAUUUUGCUUCCAGUUAUUUCCACGAUUGGGUGUAUUUUCCAAUAAUAAAACCAAUUAGGCUCGCGAAAAAGUGGUUUACUGAAUUUUAAGACAUCAUUUCGAAAAGUGAAAUUGUAGAAAUGAGCAUUAUGGCAAAUGGUAUGCAUGUGCAAUUGUAAACAAAUAAACUAGCAACUUAAUUUUUUGCAAAUUCCUAUUGUUGCUCAUCUUUGACAGUAACAUUACAAUUAAUUCCUGUGAUAUGAUUUCCCGCUAGCGGAAUCUUGCAUGUAAAUUAUCAGGCCUACACUUCUGUUCUUCCAAGAAGUUUUUGUGUUUGUUAAAUUGGAUGCGUCUUUGUAAACCUGUUAACCCUUUCGCUGUGAGUGUGGCACCAAUUUUUGGCCUGGCCCAUCUUGUGCUGUCAGCUGACAGUGGAUACCAGUACCACUUACUAAUAUCGGAACCGGCCAAACUAUUCAAAAGUGUCGCCUCUAUACUAUCGGUUUGAAAGUCCUGUUUGAUACCCGGGUGCGGUUAUGUUAAGAAAGGGUGCGACCAAGAGCUGGUAGAUUAACACUUUUGUGGGACAUGCACAUCAUGAGAGCCAUCUUCAUGACGUUUUAUGCACGUCACCCGCAGCGAAAGGGUUGAGGACUAUCGAGUAACUGAUGUGUACAUGAUUUCCUGUUUGAAAGAUUGAAACAAUGCACUGUGGAACGCAUGGAGACCUUGGGUGAUAUGAAUAAAGUCUAGCAAUUGCUUUUACUUCAGUUUUGUACAGAAAGGCCCAGUGUAAAUGUACAUGGAGUUUUAGAUAAAAGCAUUUGCUAGGCCUUAUUCAUAUCACCCAAUGUCUGAUCAAGACAUUUGAAUUGUGUGUAGUUCGUUUGAGAGAUGUUGUUGAAAACUUUUGAUUGGAUUGAAUAAAAAAACAAUGUGUCACAAUCUGGAAACUUCAACUUGUUCCAAAUAAUAUGCUAAGUGUCUUUACCAAUGUGUAUGUCUGUAUCUGUACCGCUUUGCCAUUGUAAGAACUUUUGGAUCUGUGAUAAAAAUGCAACUUUACUUUAAGAAAAUGUGCUCUCACACAUAGCAUUUAUAUUCCACUAAACUUCACUGUAUACAUGUAGAAUAACUUCUCUACAUUCUUGAAUAUGGUCUCACAUAUUCUUGUCACAAGUUUUCAAAUUUCUUCAAACUUGGGUUUACCCUGUCCGUGGAGUAGUCUGAAAUAGGUCCAAAUUGCUGGACAGUGGACAGCCUUUUCAAAAGCUAUACUGUUUCAUAUGACUGUGGUGUCCCUAAUUGGGACCUGCUUUUUUGCUCAUACGUAGUAAACUUCUAAGUGAGCUGCUUUGGGUGCAGAAAGGAAAGGAAAGGACAGGACCGAGUGGGCAGUAGUUUGUGCAUCACAAACUCGCAUUAGAAAUUUCAAAACUAUAUUAUCAAAUAUCUUAAAAUGUUGUUUUUUGCGGCUUUCUUGUAAUCACCGGCACAUUGAAGUCUCUCUAACUCUGUAUAAAGUCUUCAGCUAUAUAAAUUUGAAUUUCUAUGAGAGCAAAAUUUGUGUAAAGUUUUGAAAACUAUGAGUGCAUUCACUGCUAUUGAGAAAUCACUGUGUGGAAGACAAUUUUUGCCCUGUACAUGUGCUUAAGUUUGGCUUGAAAAAUUGGCAUUUUAGGGACACUUUCCUUUUGGUACUUAAUACUUUCUGACGUGUAUUGAUAAAGUUCUUCUCACUUCUUAUAGUAGGAGCUGCUAAAUUUGCUUCCUAAAGCAGAGAAGUAGAAUGUACCUAUGUUCAGUCUGUUAAAGGUUAACGAACACAUGUUAAGGUUAACGAACAGCAUUUAUAUUUGUGUUAUGUUUUUUGAAAAGACAUUAUAUUGUAACAAUGUAGGUUUGAGUUUGAAAAUGACACUGCUGUAAAUUUCAUCUUUGAGAGGACAUAAAACGACAGUAUGUUGAAA